UCAUCAUGGCAUGGACGAGGCUUCUGAGCUGCCUCACUUUCUUCUUUGUCUGCGCGACUGUAUCCGGAAUUGAGACCUUACACAAACUCGAGGAUCUAAAAAACAAAAAGUUUGGCCACGAGUACCCACGUCAUGGUCUUUUCUUGCUGCACUGGCUAGCCAACCACAUCUCCAUCAGUCAAUCUGAAGAAAUUCUGCAUCUUGAUUUUGAUCCUGCACGAGGGGACUACGGAUUCAGCUACUAUGAAAAUGCUAACUCUACCCUUGCUUACUUAGAUGACUCAGGUGAUAGAGAGUACUACUCUUUGGGCAGUCUCAGUUUAGAGACUGUCCGGACCAAGCUGCCUCCAUAUGUCACCCAAGACUACUACAAUGCCUUUGAAGACACCAAGAGAGACCUGGACCGUAUAAUCCUCAGAGUGCAAAAAAACAAUCCAAACCAAGCAGACAAAGUGUAUAUCACACAAGCAGUGGCCAUUAAUCAAAAUGUGGACUAUGACCCUGAUGAAACCUAUGAGGUCAGUCCCAAACUCUGGAAGCAGAUACAGAUUCUCAAAAACUCUGUUGAUUUAAUAAAAGUGCUGGAAUCACCAGUGACCGGUUCUCAAAACACAGAAGAUCCUAGACUAGCCCUCCCCAAAGACCAACUUCUGAACCAUUUGAAAUACUCUGACAAACAUCUUCAGACUAUUUUUGAAGACCCAAGCGUGAGGUGGCUUCUGCUUCUGGCAGGAUAUAACAUAACUAACAGGUAUAACAUCCAUAAGAAAACUUGGCUCUGCCCAGAUGAUGAGGUGAUCCAAACUUCCAGUGAUCCUAAGACACUGUGUGAAGGCCAGAGUCCGGUAAAGAUUGAGGUGAAAUCAACAGAAGACGGCUACGCAAAAAUCGUUUGGAGUUCCUUACCAAAGAACAUUGUGAAGCUGAACGCUUCUGUUGUCCUUUUCAGUAGCGACACAGUUAACAGUCUUGACAGGUUUGCAGAAAUCAGUGGAGAAUCCUCAGGAUCCUAUAGCACCUACCUGCCGCUUAAUCAUGGAAUUCAGCCGCGUUUGGUGACCUACAGUUUCGCCUUCGAGUAUGGAUUCAUUGGGCUUCGUUACUCGGUGUUAUGGAGAGGGCCCCAGUUUGAUGAAGCAAACAGAAUGAUUCCUACCAAAAUCACCGGCUACGAUGCAAGCCUUCAACUUUACACCAAAGGUGGCUACGCGUGUGCUCGUCUAUACAUCAAAAACUCUUUCACUGAUUGGAAAAAGCAGUUUGCUAACUCAUGGGUGGCUUUCUAUUCCAGCUAUGAAGAUACUGACAUGAAUUACCAAUACUAUCAGUGGGCCACCAGGUUUGCGGAAGUUGGCAAAACUAAAAAAUAUCUAAUCUAUGAAUAUAAGUCAUCCAUGAGCAUUGGACCUGGAGUACAAGCUCGCUUUGUGUUCUCUAAAGAGCGUGUGUUCACUAGUUAUUUCGUCUCACGGUCAUCUGUGACUAGCACUCCUCCUUGGAAAAGUGGGAAAAACUAGUUAUAACUAUGUAACAUAAAAAAAAAUGUGCUGGAAGCAAAUUAACAUGCGAUUAGCAUGGGGAAAAUAUUGUGCAAUUUGUUCAGUCGUUUGAAUGUCAGGCUUAAUUCCAAUUAAAUUAACUGAAAGUA